UACUACAACAACUUCCCCUUCAUCAACACCACUAUCGAGAAAGGCUCUCGUGCACGAAGAUUAUCGAAAGCACUAGACAUCACUCACAUCAGUCAUCCGCCCGUCAUUAGUGUGGUUGGUUGUUGUCUGUUGUGUGUUCAUGUUGGAAGGAGUGGUUUUGCCGUUUUGCUCGCCUCUCAGCAAAUUCUUGUACUAUAAGUCACCACCACUAUGGAUUUUGUGGAAACACAGACAGAUCCAGCGUGCAAUACUUCCAACAGGAUGCUGAAUAAUGUUGACUGCCCAGAUGAGUCUUUCGAAGGACAUGUAAUAUUUAUCAAACAAGAAGUUGAAGAAGAAGAAGAAGAUGAUGAACAACAACUAGAUGAAUCGACACCAUGCUCAGGUGAUAGCUUAGAGCCGCCUAUUUCCAAUGAUUCUGAAUCUGGAGAACAAGUGGAUAAUUGUGAGGAAAUUAAAGCCGUAACGAAAUUGAAGACACAACCCAAGAAAGGACAAAAAAGGACUAUGACUUGUGAAUUUUGUGACUAUCAGACCAAAAACUCAACAGUUUUGAAAGUUCAUAUUUAUAAAAAGCACUCUGAACAAAAACGUUUCAGCUGUGAGUUAUGUGAAUAUAAAACAGCUCAUCAAUGCAAUUUAAAAACUCAUAAAUUUAGAAAGCAUACAGAAGAAAAACCAUUCAGCUGUAAGAUUUGUGACUAUAAAACAGCUAUUUCACGUGAUUUGACAGUUCAUAAUAGGAAGCAUACUGAAGAAAAACCUUUCAAAUGUGAACAGUGCGAUUACAGAACACUUUAUUCGAGUAACUUGAAAAUUCAUAUGAGAAAGCACUUGAACACUCUCAGCUGUGAGUUGUGUGACUUUAAAGCAACCAAGUCAUCUAGAUUGAAACUCCAUGUUGAAAAGCAGCACACAAAAGAAAAGCCUUACAGCUGUGACUUUUGUGAAUAUAAAGCAGCUCGUUUAGGUCAUUUGAAAGUUCAUAUUAGAAUGCACCCAGAAGUAAAACUAUUGAACUGUGAUGUUUGUGACUUUAAAACAACCCGGCCUUCUGCUUUGAAACUUCAUAUUGAAAAUCACACACAAGUGAAACCUUUCAGCUGUGAGACUUGUAACUAUAAGACAGCUCGUUUGUGUUAUUUUAAAAUUCAUAUGAAUAGAUAUCAUGGAGUAGAGAGUGUACAGCCACACAGCUCAAAAAUCAUAUAGCCUUUUUUAUAUAGCUCAUAAGCAUAAUAUUUAUGAGCGUAAUAAAUUUGAGCCAUUUCUAAUAUCAGAAAUGACUCAAAUUAUACUAGUGCAACCAAAAAAUUAAUAAUAAUAACCGUCUAACAAUGCUGCCAUGACCAUUGAAAAUAGUCAUUUGUGCAAUUGAAAAUAUAUCUUUUAUUUUAUUAAUCUUAGGAUGGAAAGAUUCAAAAAGAUUCAUAAUCAAGCGCCUCAAAUAAUUGGUAUUGGAUAGUAGUAUAUUUCCAAAUUUUUAAAUUCAUAACAGAUCUCAUUCAACAAAGGAGGAACAUUAAAGUAAAUUAAGAAUGUAUUUGAUAGAAUUUAUUUGCGAUUGAAGUUUGUUGACUAAUGCCAUAAUUAUGAAAUUUUUGAUAGUUUAAUGAAAUAAAACAAUAUACAUUA